AUGCUGCCCUACAUCGCCGAAAAGGACGUCAGCCAGAAAGGAGUUCACCCCAUCAUUCGCUACAGGAUCCCUGGGACUAGGAUGUCGUACGUCUUCAUUUUUCAAAGAAGAAACCAGAGGAGUGACGUGUACACCUGCAGAGCAUGCAAGAAGAAACAUAACCAUCAUAUGGUUGUAAGGGUUGUGGGAAACGAAAUUUAUGACGACCCGUGCAAAAAUCAUAAAUGCUGUCCUAUAAAUGCUUCUCUUGACAGGGCGAAUAGAAUCAUGUACCAGGCAUGUCAGAAAAUCAAAAACACUGCCGAAUUGGCAUCCACUUCUGUCAUGGAAGUGUGGGAAAAUACACUUCAAGUUGCAAUGACUGAGGAAACAUCAAGAGAAGAAGUGGUAGCCCACUUCUACCAAAGAGGACUAGCCACACGCCGUAAAAGUAUACAAAGAGCGAAAUCAUGUCACACGGAUCAUUCAGUCAACUGGAGUUGUAUACCCGAGAGAUAUGCAAAACUUUCGAAUGGGGCUGCAUUUCUACAGGAGUUAACACCAAUGUACCAUCUGUACUUUUCUGAUGACACCUUGAGAAUGGCGUGUGAGCAGGGAAUCAAGGCCUUGAUUAUGGAUGGUAUACACAAAAUCUUGCCGGCGAAAAUGGGUGAUCACGCACAAUUGUACACAAUACAUGCGAGCCUUGAAAAUGAACAUGAACUUCCUUUGGCAUACGCGCUCAUGCGCAACAAAACGCAAGAAACGUAUGAAAAAGUGUUUGAAAAAAUCCACUGCCAGCUGCAUUCAAUUAACCCGAAAAUGGCUCCACCAAGGAUCAUAGUUGACUUCGAAAUAGCAGCAAUUAGGGCAGCCGAGAGACGUUUUCAUUCCUCAUCAGUGGAGGGGUGCCUUUUUCAUCUCAGUCGUGCUUGGAGUAGGCACAGGAACUCAUUGGGAUUAACAAAAUACUUGAAGGGGAAAUAUGAAAGUCGCCACGUCAAGAAAUGGUAUAGAACCAUUAGAGGAAUCCCAUUUGUGCCAGAGAAAUACUUACGCAAGUUACCGGGAUUGUAUCGACCAAGCGUCAAUAGAGAUCAUCCGGCUUACGAAAUUUGCGAGAAAUUUCUCGAUUACCUAUUCCAAACAUGGUUGAAGAAGCCAUUCCGGAAGUACUGGUCGAAAUGGAACGUAUCAAGCUUGAGAACCACCAAUAUCGCAGAGACAUUCCACAGUAAGCUUCGACGGUCUCUUUCGCGGAGAAAUGCAAGCGUCGAAGUACUCCUGGAACGUUUGAAAAAAGAAGAUACCAGCGCAAUGGCAAAACUACUAUCAAUCGACCAGCUUGGGACAGAAAAAAGAGUCGAAAGGAAAUAUCGCUUGCGGCGAGAAAGAAUAGUCAAGCAUAUGAACAGCUUCAAAAAGCUGUCGGAGACGAGUGUCAUAACGACAUCUCAGUUGAUUCGAUAUUCCCGCAAGAUGUCCAGAUUUGUCAGUGAAAAAGUUGUCUAAGAACACAUCUGUUGAAGGGUAAUGAGAAACGCUGAAUUACUUACGUGUUUCUAAUCCUUCCUAUUUUUUACUGACAUUCAAAUUGCCUCUUCCAUCUCAUGCGAAUGUGGGACUAAAUCCAGAAGGAUACCGAGUGUGUUUACGGCCUCUUUUCUUGAUAGUAUGAAAUGGGAAUCAUUUUUUUGGAUGUAAAUUUUUUAAAGUUUUAUUUUUAUAUUUUCU